CACCCGGAAGUAAUCACUCUCGCGGUACCGUGCAUUUUGUUUACGUCUAGCAACCGGUCGCUUGUGACUCUCCGUUUGGCCGACGUGCCGAUUCUGUCCCCUGAUUAAGGGAUCUGCAUACACACGCUGCUUCGCCGUUGGCUUGAAUGAUACUGGAUUUUAAAAAGAACUUUUAAUCUCUGAAAAAACUCCGAAAAUAGAUUUACGUAUUCCGGCAUUUAGUUGUUAAUUGUUGUUAUUGUUAUUUGUUGUUGUUGUUAAAAUCAUCAGAGUGAUAAUCAUGGCGCAAAUUUAGCGGCGCAAAGCUGAAUGCCCAAAUCAUGUUUAAGUUUAACGAUUAAGUAUUAGCCAUGAGCAAGAGCGCUAGCAGCCCGUAUUUGUUUAUAAACAAGUUAUUUUAUUUUAAUUGCAUGUGUCUUGCUUGUUAUCGUAAUACGUUGAAUACUAAAGUGUGUUAUGAAUUGUAAACGAUUGGAUGGACAACUUGUAGGAAUGUAGCACGCCACCAGGAGGCGCCUUUGCAGCGGUUUGUAAAGCGUGUGAUGCCGGAUGCUCUGAAACCGUAUCCUGAACUGAGCUCAGUCUGCUUAGAAACUAGCAGCUUCACUGCCCAAAAUAAAACGGCUGUGUGUCUUGUGAGGAUGUGGAUGUGAGAGUGUUUAACUGCAGAUUGUUAUUAAUAUGGAUGUUGUGCUGCAUUACAAAGAUCAUAAUGGGAUUUUGUGUAACCUGGUGAGCAGAGCAGAAGGAGCUCUUGAGCACUUCCCACGCCGUGCUAUUCCAGCAUUUACUCCGUGGUUUCCAUCUGGAUAUGACAAGUCAUUACCAUUAAAGCCACAAAGGGACCCACCUGUAAUUUCUGUGGAAGACCUCAAAGAGGUCAAGGGCUGUUUGCAGCAGUCGGAGCCUCUGGUGGCUUCCAGAAUCCCUGAAGCUGCCAAGGACUUGAAGGACUUCCCUCCCACUCACUUGGAAGGUUUGCUGGUUCGACCAUGGUUGUCUGCUGAGCACAUAAACUCCAUACAUGGCCAGAAGACACCCUCAAGUGGGAAAGCAAAGCCGAGGAGAUCGUGGAGUGUUUUCUGCCAUGGGAGUGCAUUCAACAAGAACAUCCAGCCAUUCUCCAAGCAGUUUCAGGAGGUUGUAGAACGUUGUCAUCUCCACUUGCUUCAGCGGGCCAAGUGGAUCAUCCGGGAGCUCAACUGUGUUACAAGCAGUCUCGAACACGUCUGGACAAUGUUGAUUCGGUCCAUGAGGCAGUCCAAGCUCCCAACUUGCAACGUCAACAUCCAGAGAGACUUGGGCCAGAUAUGGGUGUUUUGUGAUGUUUUAUAUAGUGAAUGUGUUGGACAGUUUCUCAUACGUCAGUGUCAGCUGGCUGGACAGAUCAGUUUAUCCGUUCACAAGCAAGGGGAAGUUUUUAGCAUGUGAAUAUAUGUGGUGGACUUAUGAAUUUGCUUUUUAAGCUUAGUGUUUACAAAUUGAUUUUAAUUGAACUUCUGUGAAAGCUUAUUGUAUUUGUUUUAUAAAACACUCGCAAUUCAUAGUGUGGUUUAGUGUGCGGUAGUGCAAUUUGGUGUACAAGUGCAUUUUCCACAUUUGAUUCAUUUGUAAAUCAGCAGGUCUUUUUAAUGACUGCUUUGCUUCUUUGAGUAGUCACAUAUCUUAUUAAGAUCUUGGGUGACUAACUAUUCUUUCAUUUUGAAUCAAAAAUCCACAAUCCACGUUUAAUUUUAGACCUUCAUUUGUCUAAUUUACUAAUUAUAGCAUGAAGGUGCUUUAAUGCUCAGCCCCGAAAUUACACUGAGCAAAGAGCGUCAUAUUUAUGAACUUAUAUUUAUAAAUAUUUUAAAAACUAUUAUAAAAAUAAAAAAUAGACUAUAAUAACAAACACUGGAGUCCAAAUCUGGUGAGUUGAGCACCUCUCCUGGAGAGCUGCAGCGGUAGCAUGCAGCAGAUGUCUCAUUUCACAGGGAGAUGCUUUCCUGACAUGAAGCAAAGUUUCGUCUUACCACAGAACUGCAGCAUUUCACUAUGAGAUGAUGGUAGAUGCCUUUUGAUACAAGAAUGGACUUCGCCUUGAUCUGUUCAUUAAAGAAACAUGAACUGUUUA